AUUUUUUUGGGUCGAAAUACACGACGCUGAUUAGACAAAACCAGGUCCUUGCUUUGGUAUGCGUAAGCGCAUGGACGAAAUCAAUUUCUCAUCCAACUUCCUUACAAAAGAAACAGAAUGAAUUAACCAUUUCUCACGAAACAAACAGAGAAUUUGGAGUUGGCAUAACAGAAUGAGGAGGAAAAACAACGCUUGAAAUCACUCGAUCUUUUAGGGUCACAAAGACAGCAUCUCUUUCUCUCUCUGAUCGAGACACGAUAGCCACAGCCGAAGAUGAGAAGUCCUGCUAAGCUAAAAACCUCGAGCUCUGAAUUGGACUUAGAUCGACCCAAUAUCGAAGAUUACCUUCCUUCCGGAUCUGCCAUUCAAGAACCUCACGGCAAGCUUCGCCUGCGUGAUUUGCUUGACAUUUCGCCAAUCCUAACAGAGGCUGCUGGUGCUAUUGUUGAUGACUCAUUUACACGAUGUUUCAAGUCAAAUCCCCCAGAACCAUGGAAUUGGAAUAUAUAUCUGUUUCCCCUGUGGUGUUGUGGUGUGGUAAUUCGAUAUGGGAUUUUGUUCCCUACCAGGGUUCUAAUACUGACUAUAGGGUGGAUUAUUUUUCUUUCGUCCUACAUACCUGUUCAUUUUCUACUGAAAGGGAAUGACAAGUUGAGAAAAAAGCUAGAGAGGUGUUUGGUGGAGUUAAUUUGCAGCUUCUUUGUGGCAUCAUGGACUGGAGUUGUCAAGUACCACGGGCCACGGCCAAGCAUGCGACCUAAACAGGUUUUUGUGGCCAAUCAUACCUCCAUGAUUGAUUUUAUCAUCUUAGAACAGAUGACUGCUUUUGCUGUUAUUAUGCAGAAACAUCCUGGUUGGGUUGGACUAUUGCAAAGCACUAUAUUAGAGAGCCUAGGAUGUAUCUGGUUCAAUCGUUCAGAGUCAAAGGAUCGUGAAAUUGUAGCGAAAAAGUUAAGGGAACAUGUUCAGGGAGCUGACAAUAACCCACUUCUUAUAUUUCCUGAAGGAACUUGUGUCAACAACCACUAUACUGUGAUGUUCAAAAAGGGCGCAUUUGAACUGGGCUGUACUGUUUGCCCAAUUGCAAUCAAAUACAAUAAACUUUUUGUUGAUGCUUUUUGGAACAGCCGGAAGCAGUCCUUUACAAUGCAUCUACUGCAACUCAUGACAUCCUGGGCUGUUGUUUGUGAUGUGUGGUACUUGGAGCCUCAAAAUCUGAAACCUGGAGAGACGCCCAUCGAAUUCGCAGAGAGGGUCAGGGACAUAAUAUCUGUACGAGCAGGUCUCAAAAAGGUUCCUUGGGAUGGAUAUCUGAAGUACUCUCGCCCUAGCCCAAAACAUAGGGAGCGAAAGCAACAAAGAUUUGCCGAGUCGGUGCUACGACGCAUGGAGGAGAAAUGAUGCACAUGUUUGUGCUUUUAGUGAUUGUUGUAUUUGAUUCAAGUAGGGUCGUAGUUGUGCACUUGACAGACAUUUUUGUUAUUCAGGGGCUGACUUUGAUCUUUAGCAACAGUCAAGAAGUGGGUGGGAAGGAGAAGGAAAUUUUUAAGAAAAAAUCAUUACUUCCUCGUAUUACAGUUUUUUACUUUGACAAGUAACACUAGUUUUAUAAAAUAGCUUGGUUCAAUUUUGUAGGGGUAUUUCAUGUCUGGAUGUUGACAUUGUCAAGAGUUGACAAAGUCUCUGCUAGCAAAAAUCUAAAUUUCCAGGGGAGAUGCUAAUGAUCUGUGUUAGUUUUUAGGUAGUGAUGAGGUGUGUUUGUUAAAUUUUGGGGAAUGCCGGAUAAGUUAUACUUUUAAUUUAUUUCAAUACUGAUUUAUAUAAAUGGUUGAAUUAUUCAUU